UUUAAACAGCAUCGAGGACUUUGACUACUUUAUUUAAACCAGCAUCAUAGCACUUAAGAGAAACUUUAAAUCAAACUUAACAUUUAAUGAUAAUUUUCUAUUGACAGCCGCUUUAAAAUAUUUUUAUUGUCAGGUGCUUUACAAAUAAUUCUUGAUUAUAUUUUUGUCAGUACCGCAAACACUUCUUUAAAAAACUGAUAUAUGGCUGAUAACAUGUCACUAGUAGUUGGUAAGUCUCUUCGGCAGCAGUUAAGGCAUCAGGUCAUUGUUUUGCACAUCCUGGUGAUGACUUUUCUUUGUAUUAACUUAUUGCUCAUUGUGAUCUUUUUUAAAAAGUGCUUCUACACAACUACACGCUACAUCUUAUUUGCUGUUACACUGUUGUCUGAUAGCUUGAUAAUCAUCUUGAGUGAUGUACUGCUCCUCAUGACCCAUUUUAAAUUCACUAUACAAAUUGGUUUGUGCAUCGUUUUGUAUUUUCCUUUGGCUCUGUACACACUUGUUACCCCAGUUACUCUGACAGCAAUGACUCUGGAGCGCUACGUAGCCAUUUGCAUGCCACUGCGCCAUGGAGAGUUGUGCUCCACACGCAACACUAAUUACUGCAUCCUCAUCAUUCACGGCCUCAGCUCGAUACAAUGUAUUGUUGUUCUAUCCAUAUUCUUUACAUCAGCCUCUCUUAGCUUUUACCAACAGAACAUAUUAUGUUCAGUUGAAAUUUUCAUUUUGUACAAAUGGCAGAGUCAUGUUAAGUCUGCUAUAAAUCAGUUUUACUUCUUGAUUAUGUUUAUCCUCAUUGUAUCCUCCUAUGUUAAAAUAAUUAAAGUGGCCAAAACGGCAUCAGGAGAGAACAAAAAGUCAACAUGGAAAGGGCUCAGAACAGUAAUACUUCAUGGUUUCCAGCUGCUGCUCUGUCUCAUCCAGCUGUGGUGUCCGUUCAUAGAAGAUGCUGUUUUUCAAAUUAAUUUAUUGUUGUACGGUCAAAUCAGGUACUUCAAUUACAUUACUUUUUAUCUUGCUCCAAGAUGUCUUAGUCCUCUAAUUUAUGGUCUCAGGGAUGAAAAGUUUUUUCUUGCACUGAAAGAUUAUGUUCUUUGUGGCUUUGUCAAGAACGGAUCCAUUUGCGUGAAAAGUUAG